CUUUUUCGAGUACUUGUCACACACCUCUGAUUUAAGGACACGUGUUUGAUCUCAGCAAAAACUAUGAGCUUGAAUUCUUGAACGCGUCUUUAAGGGAGGCGCAAGAAGGAAGUGAAGGGGGCGCGGUGUGGGAGGAGCGCUCACGGGCACAGUCGCAAGUCGGAGCUCCGACUCUCCGAGCUCGUUUGACGGAGGAUUGAAAGCGGAGAGCCCAAGACGACGGAGAAGCAAAUCCUCUGCUCGGCUCUGACAAAGUUAAAACUUUAAACGCCGAAGCGACGACUGAAGCAGAAACAAGCAGAGUAAGACAGGGGGUGCCCUAAGCCGAGUGGACGGCUGCGAGGAAAUGUGGCGGCGGACUUUGAAGCCACUUUGAGGCGAAGGAAGACCAACAUGCAUAGUCAGCCGCUGCUAGACGCCUCCUGGUUUCCUCGCCUUGUCGUCGUCGUCUUCGUUUUCAGCCGAUGUCGGACUUCUCUCUGCCAGUAUUCGAGCGACCACUGCAGCUGGAAGGGCAGCGGGCUGACUCACGAGGGGCACACGCGUGACGUGGAGCAGGUGUACCUGCGCUGCGCCCAGGGCACCCUGGAGUGGCUCUACCCCACGGGCGCCCUCAUCGUCAACCUGCGCCCCAGCGGUGCUGCCGCCGCCCGGCUCUCUAUCUGCGUCAAGCCUGCCGCCCGCUCCAGUGGAAGUAACAUCUACCUGGACCUCGACGGCCGUCUGCGCUUGCUGCUGCGCGAGGAGGAGCUGGCGCCAGCCAAGGCACGCUGCUUCGGCAUCCUGGAGGGAGCGCUCUUCAUCGAGGCCGUCCCCCACACCGACAUCGGCCGCCGUGUCACUGCUUUGCAGUACGAGCUGGUCGCUGAGGUGCCAGGAGCUGAGGACACCACGCUCGGGGCACCCUGUCAGCCGUGCAGUGACGCUGAGGUUCUUCUGGCAGUCUGCACCACAGACUUUGUGGCCCGCGGCGUCAUCAGGGCGAUGCAGGAGGAGGUGGCCGAGGAUCGCUGGUCCAUCAACGUGGACGUCAGCCGCUUGCACAGACAAAAGACGCAGGUGUUUGUCCCUGGGGGUCCGAGGGCACGCCGCUGGUCGGGACACAUCAUGAUGCCGCUGCGGUGCGGCAUAAAAGCCGGCGAGGGUGAUUUCCUCUUCACGGGGACACUGCGCUUCGGCGAGGCCUGGAUGGGCUGCGCGCCACGUUACAAAGACUUCCUACGCUUGUAUGGAGAAGCGCAGAGACUCGGGAACAAUCCUUGUCACCUGGAUGUGGACUGAAAGGACUUGGAGGAAUCCAUCCACUUUGUAGAUUCAUUUGAGACUGACCGUGGUCACCGUUGGAUGAAAUGAAGCAGAAUCCCCACCCCCUCUUGGUGUGCAAAAUGUGAAUGAACAAACCAGAAGUGUAUAUUUGGCAGGCAGCGAGGCGGGCUUUGUGAAAAGCGGGAUGUACAAAAGUUAUUUCUUAUCACAGAAAUAGAUUAAGUCAAGAGUGUUUUUUGUUUACAAAAUGCCUAAAUGUGAAAACAUUUAAAUGUUUCUGCACUUGUGCACUUUGAUGACACUUAAAUCAAUUGAAUAAAUAUUACAUUCUAAAUUAUUAUAAGCCCAAUAAUUGGGCUUGUCACAAUUA